AGAAAGUCGUCAGAGUUUCGUAGAACAACACUUGAGCCCGUCGUUUGAGGAAGGGAACUCUAGGCGGCUUGAUCCAGUUACGGAGAUUGUCCAGCAGGUGAUAGCAUAAAUAUGUUGAUGAGAUCCUCUUUAGAGCAUGUUGAGAUGAGCAUGCCAACGGUCUUUGAAGCUGUUGUAGUAGUCGGACUGGAUUAGGGGAGUUUUUGCAAUGAUCGAUGCUCCAAAUAUGUCUAGCUUUGAUGCAAUUGAUUAAGGCAUGGUCAGUAGAUAAUGUAUUAACCCUAAGCCCUAAACCCUAAAAUAAUGUCAUGAAUAGCUCUCCAACAGAAAAAAAAAAAAAAAAAAAAAGAUUUUCCUUGAAACUAUGAGGUUUUAGAAGGAUUUCCAGGCUUCCUACCUCCAUUGUGUUUGUGGUAGAAAUACAAUAUAAUAUCUUUUAAAACUGUACUAAAGUACCCAACUGCGAUAUUGUUUUUUUUCAUCCUCGUCUUUCAUAAGAAACGAGGAAGCUUCCGGUUUUAUUUUUAUAUAAAUUUUAUCAUCUACUCCUUCGAAGAGGCAAAAUGAAAUAAAAAAUGUAAUCAAAGAUGAUUAAGACUAAAAUAUUUCAAUUAGAAGUUUCCAACCAAUCGUUUCUUUAUAUAGUAUAUUACUGAUAACUUUUUUUAAUCCCUUUAAAUUGCCAAAUUGAUUUUCUCAACUCUACAAAUCCUAAACCACCAAAACAUUAUCAGAGGGUUAGAGAAAUGGCUCCAAUAUUGCAAAAGAACACCACCACCAAAUUUCAUUUCACACAUCCAAACCACCCUUUGAUUCACCUCUCAAAUGACCAAGAUUACUUCUGUGACGGAUGCAAAACGUUCGGAUCCGACAGCAGAUACCGAUGCCAUUGCUGCGAUUUCGACAUCCAUGAAUUAUGCGCCAAUUGCCCAGCAAAGUUGUCAUCUCUUAGCUUCCACCACCACCUUCUCGCUUUGGACUUCCAAAUCAGAACCCUCGUUGACCGAUGCUGUGACAUCUGCCACGAUCCCGUUCACGGCCUCGUGUACCGCUGCAAUGACUGCGACUUCAACGCUCACCCACUUUGCACUCAACUUCCUCAAGAGCUUCGUCAUGUGAUCCACGAUAACCAUCCUUUGAACCUCCAAAAGCUUCGCUUUGGAUGCUGUGUUGUUUGUAGAAAGGAUUGUUCGUCUCUUUGGGUUUAUGGAUGUAAAGUUUGUGGACUCUAUAUUCAUCUUGAUUGCCUUUCAGAGCCCAACGAAUCCCUAUUUCCUCUGUCGAGUGAGACCACCUCACGGGGGAUUCCAUUUGCACCGCCACCGCCGUCGCCGCUGCCUCUAAUUCCUUAUGGUUUCACCGUGGCUUACACCGUUUAUCCCAGUUACCGUUUAGGAUACCAUCAUGGAUAUUUGUACAAUAAUAAUUAUGUGAAUAAGCAUGAUGAGGAAUGUUUUUAUGGAUAUGCGGUGCCACAGGCGCUGGCGCCGGCGCGAGAGAGAAAGCUUAGAAAGUCAAUAUUUUCUCUGGUGAGUAGUGGGGGUACGGGUAUAGUGAGUAGUUUCAUUUUCGGAUAACAACGCCAGCUUUUAAGUGUUUAGAUAUAUAUUCAGAGGUGGAUUAUUGGAAAGUAAAGAAGAUUAAUUCAUUUCAUUUGUGUAGUUUGUUUUGUGUUUUUUAUUUUCGUUUUUGUUUGUUUCUUCUAUGAAUAAAUUUAUAAUCAAAUUACCAAUGUGUACAUUAAGAUACACUAAUUAACAUUGUGUA